GCUGGCAUAGCGGCGCGGGAAUCUCGGGAAGUGAGAGUAUUUGCCCAUCGCGAGGGAAGUUUACGCGGGAGAACCUGCAUCGCAAGCAAGCAAGACACGAGCUGGCUAAGAUGGCGAGUCCUUAGCGGAUGGUUGGAGUGCCCAAGAAGAGAAGAUGUUUGAGGACUCGGUUGGUCCUCGGAGGGGGGCUCCUUAGGGAGAAAGAGCUGCCUGGCGAGGUGGAAUGAGGAGGUUUGUAGAAGGGAGAAGGAUCUACAACAGCAUCUUUUCGUACACCAAGAUAGAUUAAUGUAUUGUGCAUUUUUUUCCUGCCACUUGCAUAGAAGAAAUGUGGUUUCCCACAUGCUCCUUGCGGGUUCUUCCUCGUCACGGGUGCUUUGGGGGUAGGUGGAUUUUUGCAGGCAGCCAUGCUUGCAGACAGUACAAAAAGGAGACCCUUCCGUCCCCAGAGGGGCCAAUCCCACCUGUUACGGUCACAGAGAUCCGCCAGUAUCUCCGGGCACAGGGCAUAUCUUUCCAUGAUGGCUAUAGUUGUCUUCACGUGCCCAGUAUCUUUGUGGAGGAGCCGCAGCAGGUGCGCAAGAACUACAGCCUGUUUAUUGACAAAACGACAGGCCGCUUUGUCUGCACAACCACAUUGGUUGAAGGUGACUGGCGAGACUUCCAGGCCAGUGUAGAGUUGCGGCAUAAAGGGAUGGCUGUGGGUGACCUGGAAAAGGGUGAUGGGCAAAGGGACCAAGCUGGGGAGGAUGCCAGACACAUCUGGGAACGAGCCCUGCCUCUCUCUGAACUGCUGGAUGAGCAGGAGAUGGAGGAGGCCAAGGCUGCUUUUGGCAUUUCUAAUGUGUCAAACGCCACUCUCAAACGCUUUGGUGUGCGUUAUUUGCGGACUGCUCGAACCUUGGUUUUUCCGUGGUUCAGCCCCCGUGGCACCAGCUUGAAGGGGCUAAAGCUUCUGGGAGUUGAGCACCAAGGAAACAUAGUACGGUACGUGGAGAAUACUCUACCUCGCCCAAGCGCCUAUCACAACCUCUUUGGGCUGCCACUGAUCAGUCGACGAGAUACAGAAGUGAUACUGACUGGCCGGGAGCUCGAUACUUUGGUGCUGCACCAGGUGACUGGGCUACCCUCUCUGGCCCUGCCCCGUGGGAUUUCCUGCCUCCCCCCAGCCCUCCUCCCCUACUUAGAACAGUUUAAGCGGAUCACCCUGUGGUUAGGGGAGGAUCUCCGUUCCUGGGAAGCUGCCAAGCUCUUUGCCCGCAAACUGAACCCUAAACGUUGUUCAUUGGUGCGGCCAAGUGACCAGCAACUCCGGCCCUUGGAAGCUUUCACCCAAGGCAUGAACAUCACCAAGAUUCUGCGCACGGCCUUACCAGCUGGCCACAAGUCCAUCAUUUCAUUUCGCCAGCUACGUGAAGAGGUGUUUGGGGAGCUGGCCAAUGUGGAGCAGGUGGCUGGAGUCAAAUGGACUCGUUUCCCAGAACUGAACAAACUCCUCAAGGGCCACCGUAAAGGGGAGCUCACAGUAUUCACAGGUGCAACGGGCAGUGGAAAGACAACCUUCAUCAGUGAAUAUGCCCUAGACCUCGCCAUACAAGGGGUGAACACUUUGUGGGGCAGCUUUGAGAUCAACAAUGUGCGCUUGGCCAAAAUCAUGCUUACCCAGUUUGCCUUGGGAAGGCUGGAGGAACAGUUGGACAAGUUUGACGAAUGGGCAGACAAGUUUGAAGAUCUCCCGCUUUACUUCAUGACUUUCCACGGUCAACAGAAUAUCAAAACAGUGAUUGACACGAUGCUGCAUGCUGUGUAUAUGUAUGAUAUCAGCCAUAUCAUCAUUGACAAUCUGCAGUUCAUGAUGGGCCAGGAGCAGAUCACUGUAGACAGGCUUGCUGUUCAAGACUACAUUGUGGGUGCCUUCCGGAAGUUUGCCACAGACAACAGCUGUCAUGUGACUCUGGUAAUUCACCCCCGGAAAGAAGAUGAAGAGAGAGAGCUGCAGACAGCCUCAAUUUUUGGGUCUGCAAAGGCCAGCCAGGAAGCCGACAAUGUGCUGAUUCUGCAGGACAGGAAGUUGGUGACGGGCCCUGGCAAGCGCUACCUGCAGGUCUCCAAGAACCGCUUUGAUGGGGAUGUGGGCAUUUUCCCCUUGGAGUUCAGCAAAACAUCCCUCACCUUCUCGACCCCCAUCAAAGGCAAAGCCAAGUUGAAGAAGGUAAAAGAUGACACUGAUGAGCCCCCCAAGAAAGCUCCAGCAGCUGCUGGUGGGGCGUCUAAGAAGCAACGGUCUCCGUCAGCCAGCAAGCCUGCCCCAGUGAUCUCUCCUGAUGAACCCGUCAAAUCAUGAGAACUAGAAGAUUAUUCAGAAAGAAUUGGAAGCCAGGAAAAUCAGAGUCUUUCACCUGAUCAUAGGAGCAACAAUCUGACUAUGAACAAAAGCACUGGCCAGAUCUUUCCUGCUGUGUUACAGCUUUUUCCGUUGGGAUCAAGUGCUAGAAUUCUUUGAGAGAUGUGUGGAGAGUAUCAGGUUCUAGAAUCCCUCUACUAUCAAGCAAUAAUAUGGAGAAGAAACUUGGAUUUCUUCUCCAUUCCAUCCAAGAGGAAAUUAGCAGGCACACAUGGAUGCACCAUAGAAAAGAACUUCCUGUAUGCUGGGAUAGGCCCCAGAAAGUACCCUUGUUCUGGUCUUUAGCUUAGCUUUGGCUGGGGCCCAGUUAAUGCUCAGUUGCUGCUAACAAUGGACAAUACCGAAAAAAGGAGCGUUGGUGUCUCCAAGUUGCAUUAUGCAAUUCUUGCUCUAAUAUAUGAACAGAAUAAAGGUUUGCUGUAUGCUGGUAAGGUGUUGGAUCCUUGGCAUGGGCAGAAUAAGGGGUUGGAUCCCCUGGGAGUCUGUACUAUGGGGCUAGAGUCCAUCAUCAGCACAAAGGAGAUUAACCUAAAUGCCUUCCCUGCAGAAUUACCUCUUUCUGAGUUGCCUGCUCCGUACACACAGGCUCUGGGCUUUGCUGUUCCAGACUAAUGUGGAUUCUGAUGAAGAGUCUGCUUGUAGACAAAACCACACUGCUCAUGUAUUCCAAAGGGGCCUGUGGAAAAGCUGCCAUUAAGAAAGGUAAUGCAGCUUUAUUGAAAAAAGCCUUUCCAAACCCGUUAAUGGUUUUCUCAUACAUUUUGGUUAAAACUUUGGAUCAAUUUCUUUGGCUCAUUGCCCAUCCCUGCCUUGUUCCAUUUAAGUGCUGCAACUCUAGGAAAGGCUGCAUCCGUUUAGAGCAAAGAGGUGUUGCAAAAAAGCAAAUAGUUUCUUGCAAAUAUAUCCUGUAUAAGAAAUACUGCUUUUUAAAAUACUAAUCUCAAAAAUCGACUCUAAUAAAUGUAGAAAAUGAAAAGCGCUGACACAGGAGUAAAACCCAUUUCCUCAACCUUUUUCUACUUUCAUGAUACAUGGGACUCCCAGGGGGAGGAAAUGUGAACUGAUGCUGACGGUUAUUUGGUAUGACCUUACACAUAUGCACCAGGAGGAAGAAUCCUCAGGUUUUAAGUCACGGUAUUUAAAAUAAUCCAUGCAUUCUAGGGUGCAGAAAUUACGGGUUACUUGACAUUUUGUUUGGAUAUUGUGUCAUUUAAUGAAAUUAAAAACUUCUAAAAACCUCA